AGCUUGGGUAUACUAGGCUCAAUCCCAGCAGCCUGGCUCAUACUGACUCUCCUAGUUUUACUCAUCUACCUCCUGACGCGAUGCUGCGACCGAAAACCGCGACCUUCCCGCUCGAUUUCGGCUCUGAAAGUUACCUUAGCUGUAGUUUCCGUACUCUGCUGCGCGGCAGUCGGAAUAGGACUUUAUGGAAACGACGACUUGCACAACGGCGUCGUGCAAACCUUGAACGAAGGCAAGCAGGUGGCGCUGCUUGUGUCGAAAAUCAGGAACCAGACCGAAGAUAUAGAGAGGCAGCUCCGGAUCCAGGCCGAGAGACAAAUAAGAGACAUUUAUAAUAUAAUACAGAUGCCUGUUAACAAUCAGACGUUAUUCAACCAAGUGGAAGGAUACUUUAAAAAACUAGUGGAUAAUCGAAACCUGACGGCAAAUUACGCAAAAGACAUUCGCCAACCUCUGGUCGGCCUGAACUUAACAUCAACGAUCGUUUUUGGCGAGAAAAUCGAAUCAGUACGAUGGCCCUUUACCAUGGCGGUCCUCAGCAUUCUCCUCAUUCUGUGUGUGAUCCUUCUCGUUGGCGUUGCCCGUCACAAUCGUUGUGCCCUGAUAGCUUUCUCAGUUUGCGGACUUUUAGCAGUCAUAGCCUCCUUCCUGAUGGCCAGCGUAUAUUUAGCUUCGGGCGUCGCGUUGGGCGAUUUGUGCAUGGCACCUGACAAAUUCGUCGAAGAUCAAGCCAGCUCGGAUCUGUCCAAAGAGAUACUGAAGUACUACACGAACUGCGAAAGAGCUAGAGCGAAUCCGUUCACACAGAGAUUGAGAGAGGCCAAGACUACUGUGGAUAAUAUGCGCGUCAACUUGGGUAACAUGAUCAAACCGGCUGAGUACUUGUACCCGAAGAAGGGUUUGGAAACGAAGUUCAGCUCAUUGAGAAACGAUAUUAAUGCUGCCGAAAAGUUUAUCAAUUCACUGACGGCCCUGGUGGACUGUAGGACGCUGCACAUGCACUAUUUGAGGGGCGCGAGGGCCCUUUGUAAUGUUGGCUUGCUUGGACUGACUUUGAUGCUAGUGUCUGCUGUGCUGGCUGGAUUGCUGCUGACGGCUCUUGUUUGGGUCGAUUCACAUACAUGGAUUUAUAUAAGGAAAAAGAAAGAUUAUCAUCAAGUGAACGAGACCGAUCCAUACCUACCCCCGCCUCAGGCCAGCCAAGCAAUAGCAGCAAGGACUCUUCAACGUAGCCAAGGGUCGUCUUAUCCCCCUGAUACUCCCCCACCUAGCUAUACGUCUGCCUUGACGCAUUCUCGAGCAAUGCAUGCCACCGCUCCACCGCAUGAAGCUGAUCUGCUACUGUAUUAGACUUUUUAUUUUUUAUCUUUCCUUCUUAGAAGCUGGCAUUUCUCAUAAUAUCAGAUUCAAUUUAAUCAUAAUUAUUUUCACAUUCAGUGUUGGUAUAUUCGCAGAGGAGUUACCAAAACUAGGAUUCUUCAAUGAGUCGCUCAUUUGUAAACCAACUGCAGUACUCACUUAUUCAAGAAAAGCACCUAAAUUUCAUUACCAUUAUAAUUAGUUUGCUGGUUCAUUUUGGUAGCAAGCUACCCUUUCAUUGAUAAACUGAUCCCUAGAAGUGCUUGGAAACAUUUCAAAUAAAUAGGUUGAAGUGUC